UGUCAGCGAUGGGUUAACACACAGGAGAGCUCUGCCAGUGGUCUCACUGUACUAGAAGUGACUAUUCCUACCGGUUAUGUCAUUCAACAGCAAGAGUUAGACUUAAUAGUGAAGACCACAUCUCUAAGCAAUUUAGAAGAGGCCCGACAUUACGACCGAAAAGUGGUCUUUUAUUUUGAUUAUCUGGAUAUAAACCCGACGUGUAUAUCGUUUACAGUCCAGCGCUGGUAUCCGGUCGCUAAUCUAACUCGUUAUAUCCCGGUUCGGGUCUAUGACUACUACGCUCCGGAGCGUUUUAACGAAACGAUGUUCAAUACCCAGAAUCUCUACUAUUUAAGCGUAUGUCACGUGUGCGCCAGUUAUCAGUGUCCCUACUGUCCAAUAUUCAGCGGGACUUUGAAUCUCACGCCU